GCCAGGUCACUAGCUGUACUCUCCACAACAAAACGUCUCUUCGAAAACAUGUCGGGCUUUGGCGGGGAGAACACGGUCUCUAUCGACCAAGAUUUCUUCGAUAGCGGCUACUCUUACGAUAACCAACCACAGGAAUAUCAAAGCCAAGAAGACAAACAGGAAUGGAAUUACGGUUCUUAUGGCUCUAACUACACCGAUUAUACACAACAAGAGCCGUCUUCGGGAAACUUCGACGGUGGAACGACAAGUUCUUACUCAUCUUCUUACGGUGGUAGCUAUGGCGGACAAUAUGAUUACGGUGCGUCCGGUCCUACAGCUGCAGGCUCAGGGCAGAUUGACUAUGGCUUCUCUGGAUCCAUGCAAGCGAGGCAAACAAGUGUCGAUUACACUAGCUUUGAGGACGAGCCGCCAUUAUUAGAAGAGCUUGGAAUUAACUUUGAACAUAUCUGGCAAAAGACAUUGUCAGUACUUAACCCACUGCAACACACAGAGUCAAACAUUAUGGAUGACACAGACCUCGCUGGACCACUAGUUUUCUGCUUGGCAUUUGGAGGAUUUUUGCUGCUUUCUGGUAAAGUCCAUGGAUUUGGUUACAUUUACGGAGUUGGUGUCUUGGGCUGCCUAUCUUUAUAUGCUAUCCUUAACCUGAUGAGCAUGACAGGUGUUAGUGCCGGCUGCGUUGUCAGUGUUCUUGGAUAUUGCCUGUUACCAAUGGUGUUACUCUCAAGUUUGUCCACUAUGUUUUCUUUGCAAGGCAUGAUAGGGACAGUGCUAACAGCGAUAACCAUAGGUUGGUGUAGUUUAACAGCUUCCAAGCUGUUUGUUACUGUGCUAGCAAUGGACUCUCAGCAACUCCUGGUUGCUUACCCUUGUGCAUUGUUAUAUGGGGUGUUUGCUUUGCUUACUGUAUUUUAGAUAAUGUGUGAAAUAAUUUAUAUAGAGGAUAAAUUUAACAGAAUAUGUUUAGUUCAAGAAAACCCUUAUUUUCUUGAAGUAGUGUACCAUAUAUUAAGGAUUAGGGGUCAUAAGCACCCCCUCUUGAGCUGCAAAGUUAAAAAAUAUGGAAUGUGCACAAAAAAUACUUCUCUUAGACUUCUCUCAAAUGCUCCUGUGUGCACAUUGCUGAUAAAAAUGUGAAAAUUUAUUUUUUUCAUCUUUAAGAAGGCGUACCCUGAGGUGGGGAUAGAGCAGGGGCGUACCCUGGGAUGGGGGCACCCAGGGGACGCCCUAAGGAUUCUGAAAUCUCAUAUACUUUGAGCAAGGAUGAUAAAGAGGGGGUAGCAGACUGGGGGGGGAAGGGUUGCGUUUGCCCCACCCCUCCUGUCUGGAAAUGAUCAUCACACAUAACAUUACUCAGCUGCACAUUUGAACUCAGCUGUUUCUACAAAAAAAACUUUAAAUCUUGUUAUUCUUUGUUUAUUAUUACCAACUUGGUUUUCUAAAUUUACACGGACUACUUAUGAUUCCAUACAUUUUAAUAAAAGCAAUAUUAUGGAUUAAUGCUAUACUACAUCUCAGGAAUAAAUGUGGUGACUUUUAACUUAAAUUUUCAUUUUUUUACUUGGAUAUAACCUUAGCGUAGGGACGACAAUUUGAUCUUUGAAAAAAGUGAAAAAUAGCCAUUUCCUUAAAAAAAAUCUGUAUCCAACUUGCUUGGUUUAUUUUGAAAAUUUGUUAUUUUGUUAGACAUAUUCCAUGCAUUACUUGACAUUCUACUAAUAGAAUGAAGCUGUAGGGUGGAAAAAAUUUCAGACUUAUUUAUCAAGGGGAUUUAGACUGAAUUGAUUUUUUAGUAAUUGUAAAAAAAAGUCACGAGAUAGAACCAGGGUGUCUGAAAGUCCUGCAUAUGACUUUCCCUAAGGGGAAAACUCAUUCGACAGAAAAUUCCUCCCUCUUAAAAGAUCAAAUGGUCAUUCCUUAACCAACAGUUUUUUCAACCUAGUGUUCCAAAACAUUCAAGAUGGAACAUAACUGUAGAUAACAUGGGUGCCUACGUCCAUAGGGUAAAUAUUGUAAGAAAUAAAAUAGUUAUAGGUAAGCAUUCAUGGGAAAGGCACUAAUGGGUUAUUCCUUUAAACAAAAGUAUCCUAAUAUAACACUUUUGCAGGAAUAUGGUAAGAAUUUGUUUAGGGUGUGAAUUAUUAAUUUGCUUAUAUUUAGAAACAUUUCUAUAGAAAUAUUUCCAUUCUGAUAAUAUCCUGCUUUUAUUUAUUGUAUUGUCAAAGUAAUUACCCAGAUAAUGUGCUUUAAUGUGCUUUUACGUUUUAGAGGCAGUCCCAUUUUAACUACAAAAACCAAAUUAGUGUACCUUACAAUGUGGCAUGUAAAACCACGAACAACAAAAUUAUGCAUGGAAUACUUAUUGUCUCCUGGCAAGUUGCGAGAGUUCAAGCCUUGAGAACUGUCCCUAGUUGACAUUUUGCAAAUCUCCCAAGUUAUUGGUCAAAGCCAGCAUUCCAUACAUAUAUCCUCUGUUCAUGUUUACUUGUCACACCGUCACACUGUAAAAACAGAUUGCAAAAUUAUAAUAAAAACCUCUACAAUCAAAUAAAA